CAGUCAUCUCAGCCACCUGCCCACGCAGCACCUCCUCCCAGCCACACCCUUUCGCAACCCCUCCCUGGUGCCUGUAGUGGCUCAGCCUGCUCUCUCUCGCCAUCCCAGACUUAGUGCCAUGCUAUGGGGAGCCUGAAACCCUGGGCCCGAUACCUACUCCUGGCUGUGGCGCACCUGCUGGCCAUGGGCCUUGGGGCUAUGGUGUUUCAGGUCCUGGAAGGCCCUCCAGCACGCCAGCUCCAGGCCCAACUCCAGGCUGAGCUGGCUACCUUCCAGGCAGAGCACAAGGCCUGCUUGUUACCUGAGGCCCUGGAGGAGCUGCUAGGUGCAGUCCUGAGAGCCCAGGUCCAUGGAGUUUCCAGCCUGGGCAACGGCUCAGAGGCAAGCAACUGGGAUCUGCCCUCAGCUCUGCUGUUCACUGCCAGCAUCCUCACCACCACCGGCUAUGGCCACAUGGCCCCAUUAUCCUCGGGUGGAAAGGCCUUCUGCGUGGUCUAUGCAGCCCUUGGACUGCCAGCCUCUCUAGCGCUUGUGGCUGUCCUGCGCCACUGCCUGCUGCCUGUGUUCAGUUGCUCAGGUGCCUGGGUAGCUGUUUGCUGGCAGCUGGCACCAGCCCAGGCUGCUCUACUGCGGGCAGCGGGACUGGGCCUCCUGGUGGCCUGUGUCUUCGUGUUGCUGCCAGCGCUGGUGCUAUGGGGUAUACAGGGCGACCGCAGCCUGCUAGAAGCCAUCUACUUCUGCUUCGGUUCACUCAGCACGAUCGGCCUAGGGGACUUGCUGCCUGGCCAGGGACGUGGCCUGCAUCCAGCCAUUUACCACCUUGGGCAGUUUGCACUUCUUGCUUACUUGCUCCUGGGGCUCCUGGCCAUGCUCUUAGCAGUGGAGACCUUCUCAGAGCUGCCACAGAUCCGUGCCAUGGUGAAAUUCUUUGGGGCCAGUGGCCCUGGACCCGAUGAAGACCAAGAUGGCAUCCUAGACCAAGAUGAGCUGGCUCUGAGCACCGUGCCUUCUGACAGCCCAGCCGUGGAACAGAUCACGUCAGGCCCAGCAUCAGAACCGACCCCAGCUUGCUGAUGAAGUCAGGCGGCA